CAUUUUUGUGUUUGUGUGUACAUUUAGGAAAACCCAGACUCCGGUAACCUGAAACAACAAUAAUACAUUUGAAGACAUAAAUCUUUUAAAACAGCUCACCAAAACAGCUGUAAUCGUUAUCAAACAAACAGCGAAAUAGUGUGUUUGUUGGGUUUGUUGUUGGCUGAUGAAUCCACAUGUGGUGCAUUAGUGAUUAUCUGAGUCAGCAGGACAGUGUAUGUGUUCACUGUGUGUGUGUUCAUGGUGAUGAAGGAAACAAGUCACCCAGUUCAACAGUGUGGCUAACUGAUGUGUUAUUAAUGGUUUUUGGAAACAACGGAGCACUAUGGCUCAGAGUGAGAAGAGAUAUCAGGAUUUACUUGUUAGUAGAUACAUUCAGUGUUUGGCUCUGAGCACGAGAUUUAUUGAUGAGAAGAAAAAUAUAUAAUAUCAUCAGAAUGAACAGAGUUGAAACUUCAAAGUCUCACAGAUAAGUACACAGUGAUUUUGAAAUGCUCUUUUAUUGAUACAAUGUUGAACAUUAACUUAUUUGUACAUCCAUUUAUUCAUCUAUCCUAUUCAGGGUCGCCUGUCCCAGCAUGCCAUUUCCCAGAAGGCUUUUUGACUUGUCACAAAGCACAGGAGUUACUAAUAACAUUAAGGAUGACAACGCUCUAUGAAAGUGUCCCCCGCUGGCAGCUUAGUAGAAUUCAAUUUUGAUAUUUACACCUGUACUUUUGUACCUAUCAUGUUCAAACCACAACCUCCAGUACUGACCCACUGUACCACCUACAUAUUUGUGUUUGUGUGGUUACAGGAAUCUGGCUUUCCCCGCAUGCACAUAAACAACUCUUCCCCCAUCUCUUCAUUGUCCACUCAUUAUGUGACAUUACAGAUGAGAUCGACCGGACUUUUUCUUUUCUUGCUGCUUCUUCUCGUUGUUCACUCUGAAACGGAGACAGCCAGAGCUGUAGGUGAUGUGCAAAUCAUGCAGCAGCGGUUAGACGAUGAGGAUCUAUUAUUUACAGAUGAGCAGGAACCAGAGUUGACUACCGAACCCCCAACCCCUCUGGCCACCACAACCCCUGAAAGAGAAGAUUUUCUGGGUCCGCCUGAGUGUCUGGAAAAGAAGUUAACGCGUGCAUCAUGUGACCUGGUGUUUUGUCGUCCUUGGGAGCGUUGCAUCGAAGGACAAUGCUCAUGUAAACCACCUUAUCUGUGUCCCACUGAGGGCACGACCCCAGUCUGUGGGCGGGACAAUAGAAAUUACCGCUCCUACUGCCAGAUGAUGGCUCUCUCAUGUCGGACCAAGAAACCCGCCAUGUCCCACUUUGGGGAAAAUUGCGGAGAAAAUCAUCAGAAGUUCAAAAGUUCAAUAGACCAAGUCACAGGAGUGGUCACGGUCACCAUUCCCGACAAUAGGAGCACUGAAGGUGGGAUGGAGUUUCUGGUGUGUAAGAAGUUUUGGAACAUGGCAGCUGCUAACGUGAUCUGCAAGGAAUAUGGGCAGCGACUUGGUGCCGUGGCCGCUGUUUCCAUUCCAUACAAAUCCCUGACAACAUCCCAUGACAAGCAGCACCCAGACAGCUGUAUUAGCAUCCUCUGCCAAGGUUAUGAGAACUCCCUCGCUGAGUGUGUAAUCUCCAACAAGAUCAACAAGAUUGGCUAUAGGAUGGUCGCGACUGCAACCUGCUAUGAGGCGUCACAACCACCAAAAGAGGAGGAGUGUGGCUUCAAAUGUGUAAACACAAAGUGUGUGCUUCUGAACCAGACGUGUAAUGGAGUUGAUGACUGUGGCGACCGCAGUGAUGAGAUGUGCUGCAAAAACUGCAGGGACGGUAGUUUCCGCUGCAAGACGGGUGUUUGUGUGCAUAAAGAUGCACUCCUGGACGGACAGAUUGACUGUCUGGAUGGCGAGGAUGAAUCAGAGAAACUCAAAUCAGUGUACAACAACCCAGUGCAGAGAUCCCUGACACCAGAGUACAUCUCUCCCAAAAACGAAAUUAGGGCCAACAGAGUGCAUUUGGAGUCCAAGUUAUACUGCGGGAUUCCCAAUAUUACCACAGUGGACCAUGUGCAAGUGGAAGAACGAGGAAGGACCAGCCGAGUCAAGCGAGUGGUGGGAGGAGUCCCAGCAAACCCGACUCAGAUCCAGUGGCAGAUUGCUCUGGAGGAGAACAGGAAGAUCGAUUGUGGAGGAGCUUAUAUCGGAGGAUGCUGGGUACUCACUGCUGCUCACUGCGUCAGGUCCAACCCCUCAGCGUUCAAGGUGAAGUUUUCUCUCUGGAAGAAGUCUAGAGCUCAGGACACGACUGACAUUGUUCCUGUUGCAGACAUUCGCAUCCACCCCAGGUACAACGCCAGCACCUACGAGAACGACAUUGCUCUAGUUCAACUGCAGAAGCUUCCGUUCAAGGAAAAAUGUUUGGUGGACAACCCAGCAGUCAGUGCCGUCUGUGUUCCCUGGUCUACCCAACUCUUUCAACCCAACCACACCUGCAGCAUCUCUGGAUGGGGACGAACCGCAGAUGGCAAAGCAGCUCAGGUGUUGCUCUGGGCCAACGUAUCCCUCAUCGCCAACUGUCAGACAUUCUACAAACGACGCUUCAAACCUGGAAUGAUGUGUGCAGGUGAUCUGGAUGGCAGUGUAGACUCCUGUCAGGGGGACAGUGGAGGUCCUCUGGUUUGUAAAGAUGAACUGGGGGUUUCCUACCUGUGGGGCAUUGUCAGCUGGGGAGAGAGAUGUGGUCAGCCAGGAUUCCCUGGAGUUUAUACACAGGUUGCUCAUUACUUUGAGUGGAUCAGAAUUCAUACAGGGUGGCCUGCAGUCACCAGGUUCAACUCCUGAUAAGACACACACACACACACACACACACACACAUUGUACUCUUUCAAUACUUCACCAGUCAUAGUUGUUUGUUGAUUAAAGUAGUCUUUUCUCAGACCUUUACCUUGGCUACAGCUGUGUGAUGAUGGACACUUUGUUUACUGUGAAUUAAAGUUGAAAUUGUAAGGA